AUGAAUUUUCUAGUUUGGAAUUGUAGAGGAGCUGUCAAGAAGCGGCUUAAAGGUAUUCUUUCAUCCUUUGUCACGAAAAAUAAUAUUGAUUUGGUGGUUUUGCUCGAACCUAGGGUUAGUGGAGCUAAGGCUCUGAAGAUCAUCCGAGUUCUGGGUUUCUCUAAUUACUGCAUUGAAGAGGCUCGAGGCUUUUCUGGGGGAAUCUGGCUUCUCUGGAACACUCCCAAUUUCUCUGUUGAUCUUGUGAAUAAAAGCCAUCAGCUGGUUCAUGUGAGAAUUAAAAGGAACCAGAAUGAUCAUUUCAUCUUUACGGCUAUCUAUGCCAGCCCGAAUGGUGAUAAAAGAAAACUUUUGUGGGAAGAACUUCGAAGUUUUGCUCACCAGAAUGCAAAGCCGUGGCUUGUAGCUGGGGAUCUUAAUGAAAUUACUUCUGCCAAUGAGAAAAGGGGAGGUGCCCCCAUUGAUGUGAACAGAUGUAAAGAGUUUGGGGUUGUUAUUGAGGACUGCAAGCUGCUAGACAUGGGUUUCUCUGGUUCAAGAUUCACUUGGAAAGGCCCGAAAUUCACCCACCUUGAUAGGAUUUUUAAACGUCUGGAUCGGGCUUUAGUCAAUGCAAGUUGGAGAGCUAAAUUUCAUGAGGCUAGAGUUAGGGUGCUGCCUAGAAUCUAUUCGGAUCAUAAUCCCCUUCUAAUUGCUCUGGAAGCUGACCCCAGAGGGUGGGAGGAAAGACCAUUUCGAAUCUUCCCUACCUGGAUGGAUCAUCCCCAUUUCAACCAGCUGAUGGUCGAGAACUGGAAGCUGAAUGAUGACACUAGUGUUAAUCUGGAGUGCCUUGUUCCGAUUCUGAAGACCUGGAACAACAAUACCUUUGGGAAUAUUUUCAGGAGGAAGAAUAUUAUUCUUAGAAGAAUUGAAGGGAUUCAGAGGAGGCUGGACUUUGGCCCUAACUACUUCUUGGAGAAAAAAAAGGAGGAGCUCAGGGGUGAGUUGGAGGAGACUUUAGUCCAGGAAGAAAAAUUGUGGUAUCACAAAUUCAGAACUGAGUGGAUCAGGGAUGGGGACCGAAAUACCAAGUAUUAUCAUACCUUAGCUAUCGCGAAAAGAAGAAGGAAUAAAGUGGAAGCUUUGAGAAAUGAUAAUGGGGUUUGGGUUAAACAUGAAGCUGAGCUGAAAAUUUAA